UGCUUGUUCUCGUGUCUUAUUAUUACACCCAUUGUUUCGGUAUUGUAUUUUGUCUUUAUUUCCUUUUUGAUCAUCACAUGCACAAUGUCUUUUCCUUUCUCUUUGUUCCGGUCAAUUUAGAUCAUAUGCAAUAUCACAGUACCCCACCAUCACCAUUAAAAGCCAUAUUCACACACAUCUCUUUCACUCCUAUUUGCCCCACUCCCUUUCUCUCACUCGCUUUUUCUCUCUCACACACACAAACUCACACCUCUUUGCAGCAAAAAAAGCUUAAUGGGAGAUAAGGUUGAAAAGACAAUGGGGAAGAAAGAGAAAUUAAAAAUAGUAGUGAAGAACAUGCAUGUUUAACAUCAUUUGUUUUAAUAAAGUAUUGUCAUCAUCUUUUCUAUAUUGUUAAACAUAUUACACACCUGCAUUCUUACCCUCUAUGUGUUCAUUUGAUGAUGAUGAUGUCAUUAUGAUGUCAUCAUUCUGUAGAAUUUUCUGAUGUUUCUCAGAAUCUCUUCAAACUGAAUUUAUUCAAGUAUAACUAAAAUGUUUGUGUUGAAACUGGUAUUUUUUAGCUCUGUUAUUAGCACAGCUUUGAACUGUUAUCAGUGCUUUAUCGAUGUCGACGACAGUCUUCGUUUGUGUUGGGGCCACAUUCUUACCAAAUACAAUACAAGGAAUGUGGAUUCUUGCUUCAACACACUGGAUCGAAUAUUCAACAAUGAACCUAAAAUAAUUGAGGCGGGGAAAGUUGGAAGAGGCUUUGACUUGAUGCUGAGGAAUAUCUUGCUGGCUGAAAUUAUGCCUAUAGUGGAAGAAUUUGACCAGGAGACAAAUGAAGACACUGUGUAUGAGUUCAGAUUACAGGCAGCAGCAAAUAAUUUCAUUGCUGAGGCUUCAAAGCUGCCUAGAGCCUCUGGAUGUUUUCCCCCCUGUGGUUUCCAGGAGCAAGGUGCCGUUUAUAACUGCAUGACCUGUCAGUAUGAUUCCUGUGAGUUCCCGCUAGACUGCCCCGUGAAAGAAAUCAAAAUAGAGGAGAACAACAGGACUGAGAUGUGGUGUAAGGUUCCAUUCCUCUUGCCCACAGACGCAGAGAUAGUCUGGAGGUAUUCAGUGAAGAAAAGCGUGUUGAUGGACCAUUUCAAAGAAGUCACGGUCGGUGUGGAUCCUGUUUACUUCAUCCCCUCUGCUCGCCUGGAGCACUCGGGUACCUACCAGUGUGAAAUAUUUUCACAGGAGCAUUCUCUCGUACGCAUCUACUACUACCUCACAGUGGUCCCUCUGACACAGUUGAGUCAUGCAGAACUACAGGAUGUCUUUGACCAUGCUCUCCUCCCAGGAGGCCAGUUCCCUCACCGCUCCCCCACUGUCCCAUUCACCUUGUGGCUGCCUAGCCCUGACCUUCUGACCACCUGUUUGACUGCAGUACUGCUGCUGAUCUUCCUUAGUCUAGGGGUGCUGUUUUGGUUGUCCUGUAUAAGAAAGACCGGUAACUAUGAUACAGAGCAAAACAAAGAAUACACAGAAAGGGAGAUAUAUUUGAUUCACUACUAAACUUGAGCGACAUCAACAUGAGAUACACAAUAAAAGAUUAAGUGCCAAUGAAA